GCAGGAUGGGGACUGCGGAGGGGUCUCCUGCACCCAGAGUGUCUUGCCGUGUCUCGGGGCUCUCCACUGCAGGCUGAAGUCAUCAAAAAGGGACCGAAAGCGUAGAGAGGGAUAACUUGCAAAAGGCAGAGCUCUUCACUCCUGUAGAUGGGGCGCUGGAUAUGUUGCCUUUGCUCCAGAGUUGCAGACCCAUUGAUGCUGCUCCUGGUUUUGGCUCUGAGCUGUAGCCCUUCCACGGCAGCAACAGCUUCUCCAUCUGUGCCCCACGUCAAACCCAGCUACAGCUUUGGCCGGACUUUCCUGGGACUUGAUAAAUGCAACGCCUGCAUUGGAACAUCCAUAUGCAAGAAGUUCUUUAAAGAAGAAAUAAGGUUUGACACCUGGCUUUCUUCUCAUUUAAAGCUGCCCCCCAGCUACCUGCUCAGCUACUCGGGCAACUACACCGACGAUGCCAAGAGCUGGCGGCUGGUCGACAUCACCCGGCUGGCCUCCAAGUACCAGCACGACCGGGCCGACAAGCGCAUCUGCACCUCCCUGCUCAAGACCAAGACCUGCAGCCUGGAGCGCGCCCUGCGCCGCACACAGCGCUUCCAGAAGUGGCUGCGGGCCAAGCGCCUCACCCCCGACCUGGUGCAGGGCCUGUCCAGCCCAAUGCUGCGCUGCCCAUCCCAGCGGCUCCUGGACAGGAUAGUGCGGCGCUACGCCGAGGUGCCGGAUGCUGGCAGCAUCUACAUGGACCAUCUCACCGACCGGGACAAGCUACGCCUGUUGUACACCCUGGCAGUGAAUUCACACCCCAUAUUGUUACAGAUCUUCCCCGACGUGGAGGGGUGGCCCUUCCCACGGUACCUGGGCUCCUGUGGGAGGCUGGUGGUCAGCGCCAGCACCCGACCCCUGCACGACUUCUACAGCGCGGCCCCCGAGGUGGCCGCCGACCUGGCCCUGCAGCUCCUCGCCGUGCUCCGCUCCAUGGGCACCAACGACCUCAACUACUUCUUCUACUUCACCCACGUGGACGCUGGCACCUUCGGCGUGUUCAGCAACGGGCAUCUGCUCAUCCGGGAUGCCAGCACGCUGGGGAUCAUCGACAGGGAGGAAGGUACUCAGCAGGCGCCGCGGCCGCGCGAGCACAAAGAUAUAUUUAGCUGCUUGACUGUGGACUGCCAGUCUGCGUUUGUGUCCUGUGACUCCAUCAGGGAGAAGCACAGCCUCGUCAUGGUGUGUCAAGAGCUUUUGCCCAAGCUCCUGGAGGGGAAAUUCCUGCAGCCCGUGCAGGAGAAGAUAGACAGCUUCCUCCAGCACUGUGCCAGCGGCCUCACCGACGAGCAGGGUGUCAACGAGGCCAUUGCCGAGCUGGCGGAGAUCCUGAAACCUCUGCGGUCCUGCGAUUCCCGUUUCGCCUACCGCUACCCCGACUGCAAAUACAGCGACAAAUACUGAGGGAGUGCGGCCCCCUGGGAAGGACUGGGGCAGUGUCAGCCCCCUGCCAGUGCGGGAAGCGAGGAGGAACCAGGGCGGAUGGAAAGAGCUGCACCAAAUCUGGGGCUUUCUCAUCCAGGCGGAGGAGGAGGGAGCAGAGUGCACGCAGGAUUUAUUGUCCAUCUCCCAGAGAUGCAUUUGUUACGUGGGAUAUUCAGCAUGAUGUAUGGUUUAUGGAUUAUUAGUGUUAUCAUGAGUGACAGGGGCUACGGGAUUAAUAAAUCUCAUUCACGUACUUUGGCCUUGGAAGAGUUUUCCAUCCCUCUGAAGGCAGGAUGCUCACAACUAUCUAGAUAGAGGAGCUCUGUUACCAAGGAAGCCUUUCUGAUUGAAAUGAUUUGUACAUAAUGUGGGAUGGAUGGAAUCAUCUAAGACUUUCCCUAUGGCUAUUUUUAAUUUCCUAAAAAUCAUAGAUAAACUGAACCAUGGGAUCAGUUCUGUACCAUCACCCAUCAUGGAUUGCUUUCAUAAAAUAUUUAAAUUUUAUUUCUUUUAUGGCACACAGAACAGAAAGAUGCAAUCAACAGCGUUAAAAAGCUGAAAGGUCCUCCCAUGUCUCUUGAGAUUUAAUAUUUCUAAUCCCCACAUAUAAUUACUUCUAGUCUUUCCCAAGCUGAUGGACAGUAAUUGGAGACUAAUAUGGGUUUUUAGUUUAAGAUCUGGGAAAAAAAAUCAGCUCUAGGAUAUGAUGGUUCAGCAGAUACUUUCACAUUUUUCUCCCUAAAGAAGAGGAGAGGCACCAA